AUGAAGUUCUCGUUCGUUGCCGCUGCCGCCGCUCUCAUUGCCUCCGUCGCUGCCGCUCCUGCCUCUCAAGUCCAAAGCCGUGGAAUCUUUGGCGGUAAGGCCACAUGGUACGCUGCUGACAAGAGUGAGGGCAACUGCGGUUGGUGGAGCACAAACGCUGAUCAUAUUGUGGCUCUCAACGCCCACCAGUAUGGCAGCACAGAUAAAAAGAGUGAACACUGCGGUAAACUCAUUCGUAUCGUGAACGAGAAAAACAAGAAGGUCAUCCAUGCUGUUGUGGCCGACUCGUGCCCGUCAUGCGAGGAAGGAUCACUCGACCUCAGCAAGGGUCUUUUCUCGGAGCUCACUGACGGCGACAUGGACCUCGGUAUUUUCCCCAUUUCAUGGAGCUUCCUGAAUUAA